UCCUCCCUCCGCCCGGCCCGGCCUCCCUCGCUCCCGCCCCUCGCGGCUGGCUCCGGCGGCGGCGGCGGCGGAGGCGGGGAGGGCGUGCGCCGGCCGAGAGGUGUCGGCGGCGAGGCAAGGGAAGUUUCAAGUGGAAGGUCGUCCGCCGGCCGGCGCGUCCUCCCGCUCUCCUCCGGCAGCAUCAUGGCGGAGCCGAGCGGCUCGCCCGUGCACGUCCAGCUUCCCCAGCAGGCGGCCCCGGUGACAGUGGCGGCGGCGGCCCCGGCGGUCACCACAGCAGCGCCGGCCGCGGCCCCGGCGGUGCCGGCCGCCUCGGCUCCGGCUCCGGUCCCGGCCCCGGCCCCAAGCCCGGCGGCGCAGGCCGUCGGCUGGCCCAUCUGCAGGGACGCGUAUGAGCUGCAGGAGGUUAUCGGCAGUGGCGCUACUGCUGUGGUUCAGGCUGCCCUGUGCAAACCCAGGCAAGAACGUGUAGCAAUAAAGCGGAUCAACUUGGAAAAAUGCCAGACCAGUAUGGAUGAACUAUUAAAAGAAAUCCAAGCCAUGAGUCAGUGCAGCCAUCCCAACGUAGUGACCUAUUACACCUCUUUUGUGGUGAAGGAUGAACUUUGGCUGGUCAUGAAAUUGCUAAGUGGAGGUUCCAUGUUGGAUAUCAUAAAAUACAUUGUCAACCGAGGAGAGCACAAGAACGGUGUUCUGGAAGAGGCCAUCAUAGCAACAAUUCUUAAAGAGGUCUUGGAAGGCUUAGACUAUCUACACAGAAACGGUCAGAUUCACAGAGACUUGAAAGCUGGCAACAUUCUUCUGGGUGAAGAUGGCUCCGUACAAAUAGCAGAUUUUGGGGUAAGUGCAUUCUUAGCAACUGGGGGUGAUGUUACCCGGAAUAAAGUCAGAAAAACAUUUGUUGGAACCCCAUGUUGGAUGGCCCCUGAAGUCAUGGAACAGGUGAGAGGCUAUGACUUCAAGGCUGACAUGUGGAGUUUUGGAAUAACUGCCAUUGAACUAGCAACAGGAGCGGCGCCGUAUCACAAAUAUCCUCCUAUGAAAGUGUUAAUGUUGACUCUGCAAAAUGAUCCGCCCACUUUAGAAACCGGAGUAGAGGAUAAAGAAAUGAUGAAAAAGUACGGCAAGUCUUUUAGAAAAUUACUUUCACUGUGUCUUCAGAAAGAUCCUUCCAAAAGGCCCACAGCAGCAGAACUUUUAAAAUGCAAAUUCUUCCAGAAAGCCAAGAACAGAGAGUACCUGAUUGAGAAGCUGCUCACAAGAACACCAGACAUAGCCCAAAGAGCCAAAAAGGUGAGAAGAGUUCCCGGGUCGAGUGGCCAUCUUCACAAAACUGAGGACGGUGACUGGGAGUGGAGUGACGACGAGAUGGAUGAAAAAAGCGAAGAAGGGAAAGCCGCUGUUUCUCAGGAAAAGUCACGAAGAGUAAAAGAAGAAAAUCCAGAGGUGGCGGUGAAUGCAGGCGGCAUCCCCGAGCAGAUCCAGUCCCUCUCCGUGCGCGACUCUCAGGGCCAACCCAACGCUAGUGAAGACUACAGAGAAGCUUCUUGUGCCGUGAACCUCGUCUUAAGAUUAAGAAACUCCAGAAAGGAACUUAAUGACAUACGAUUUGAGUUUACUCCAGGAAGAGAUACGGCAGAUGGUGUGUCUCAGGAGCUCUUCUCUGCUGGCUUGGUGGAUGGUCACGAUGUAGUUAUAGGGUUUCUUAAAAUCAAAAUGAGGAACUGUCAACUCAAGAACUUGCUCAACAAGUUUCAUAAGCAUUCAAUGAAAUGAAAAUCUCACUUCAAGGAGCGCAGAAUGGUUUCCGUAUUCCUUGGGUGGUUUAGUGCAGGGCUCAGGAGAGCUCGCAGCAGAACUGUCUUUGUGAAGUUAUCAGAAUUUCAUGCAGCAGGGUUGCCUUGGCCUCCCUUUCCUAGUUUCUCAUCAGAGUUGUCGAGAUCGUCUCCUUAAUGACCUGUUUUAUUAAAUGAUUGGGCAGCCCUGAACAGAAUACAUCAGUGAAAGGGAGAAAUGUUGUUUGCUCUUUGUUUUAGGAUUGCGUAUCAUUUUUCUCAUGAGCACUCUACAGCAUUGUUUCUGGAGUUACCUUCUCUGUGGAUGCCCUACUGUCGAGGUCUCCAGGUGGAGGAGUGAUGGAAUCACAGAGUUGAAAAGGGCUGCAGAGUACAUACACCCUGGUCUUCUCACAGCUGGCCAGUCUAAGUCGGUUAACCGCUGUCUUCACAGCUGAAAAGCAUAGGAUUACGAUAAGCCCAAGGAAGGGGAAGGGGCUGGGAGGCCUUGGCUUUGUAGUGUGGCUAGAGCAGGGCUGGCAAGUGCUCUGUGUCUGCUUGUGCCCUCUCUUUGGAACCACACACUGACUUCAGUUGCGACUCAAAGCUUUUCAUUCGAGUUCUUCCAAUAGGAAGAAAAAUCCAAGUUAAUGAUGAGAUCUUGCUGCCUUAAAUAGCAUCAGAAUAAGCAGUGUUGACUUGUUCUCUCUGAGGCUACAGACAGCCCCCAGUCUUGUUUGCCCUUUUCACCGUGUCAAGCAUUCUGAUUUUCAUUUCUUGGUGCAUUAUUGAUGAUCAUCCCCAAGUCAGCAACUCUUCUCCGGUUCCUCUUCUGUAGUUUUGAUUGCUGGCAACCCCUCUUGGUACUCAGCCUCCUCACUGCCCAAGGCUCCCUCUUGCCUAAGAUAAUCAGCAUCUUUAUUCACAUGGAGAACAAGCCAGCUGCACCUCCUAAUGACCUCCAUGUUGUUCCUUUCUUAUCUAGUCCCUUGCCAGAAGUGUUUUGUUUGUCUCCCCCUGUUUUUUAUUCCCCAAAUCAGUGUGACAUCUAUCCCACUCUUUUUUUUUUUUAUCUAUUACCUGUUGUAAAAAGUCUGGGACCAUUUGUAGUACUCAGGUUUGUAAGGCUUAACCCAGUUGUUAUCCUGAUUAUCUAUUAGGGGAGAUACUCAAAUCUAAAAAUGAAAUCAUUUUAAUAUUGUUUUCUAUUCAUGUGAGGAACUUGUGGUAUCUGACAGUUUUAUAAAAGUUUGGUGAUCUCUUAGUUCAGAAGUUCCAAUAUUACUGCAAGGACCCAAGAAAAGUUGUUCCCUGGAUAGAUUUGGGUAACUGUUUUUAAAAUUUUAUUUAUUUUAAAGGUGGAGUGAGAGAGGAAGAGACACAGAGCUGGAGAGAGGUCUUCCAUUCUCUGCAUUAGUUCUUAAAUGACCACAACAAUCAGGACUGGGCCAGGAACCAACAAGCCAGGAGCCAGGAACUCUAUCUGGGUCUCCUGUGUGGGUGGCUGGGUUCCAGGAAAGUUGGGUCAUCUGCUGCUGCUUUCCCAGGCACUUUAGCAGGGAGUUGAAUGGAAGUGUAGCAGCUGGGACUUGAACUAGCACUCUGAUAUGGGAUGCGAGUGUCACAAGUAGGGGAUUACUUAACCUGCUGCAUCACAGUGUUGGCCCCUGGGAUUUAGUCCCCCUUGAUUCCUUAGAGAUCCAGCGCAUCUGCACUGAAGGCUGUUUUUUUUUUUCUCCUGUCAUUCUUUUCAAAUAAUUUCUCAUGGUAGCGACAGCAACAACCAGCAGCUCUCCUUUGAUAAUUAUCAUGACUGUUGGCUUAAAGGGUAACAUUCUUUAGGAUCAUCUCUGCUCCUUCUCAUCACAAAGGAGAUUGGGAUUUUUUUAAGUCAGGUGUUGCACAAGUUACUAGUGCUGGCUAUGUGCACAUAACAGGUGAAUUCCAAUCUAGAGAAAUUUUAGUGAAAAGCUGUGACUAGGGAUACUAUGGGAAAACUAUUUGAUCUACUUGGUGUUUCCUUUCUUCCCACAAUAUUUUAUUUCAUGAAUAUGAGAGACAUGCAGGUCCAUUAUAACUGGGCUGCUACGAGUUUUGAGUAUAGGGUUGUUAUGAACCUGUUGAAUGUUUAAGAUAUUUAUUUCCUGAAAUUACCUUCUUACAGCUUGUGGUAGGUGAUAAGUGAGUGUUUUGAUGGCCUAAAGCAUGAAUGUUAAUAUUAAUUAUUCAUGCUAACAGUAAUACAGAUGUGGAGUCUCUGAGGCCAUGUCUUACUAUCUAGAUUGACACUUUUCUCCCUAAAAUUAAUGUCAGAUAACCAUGAGGAGUUCAGUAAGCCUAGUGGUUUCAUUAGGAUGUGCUUCCAGAUAUAAGGUUGUAAUCCAUGUUCUGUGGAAAUAGAUAAUGAAGAGGCUUGGAGCUUCCUUCUGUAGACAAUAUCCACUGCAGGAUAACAGCUUCCUUUUGAUCUUAAAUGAUGCACAGGCAGUCCUGCCUGAAGAUGAAAGGGAAGAGUCAGUAACCCCAAGAGGUGCCUUCUAACACCAGGACCUGUCAGAAGCCGUGUUUCCACUGCUAACUGUACUCAUGCAGUGUUGUUGAAACAAACAAUGGCACAAGCAAAAAAAUCAAUUCAGAACCUCUUCCACUGAAAGAAGUUUUUUUUUUUUUUUUUUCCUUUUCUGUGUUGUUUUUAUCUCCAUUACCCUGGUGGUAAGAGAACUGUAUAGGGAAAGAAAAAUGAAUUCCCUGGGAGAAGGUUUCUUAUCUAUUCAAUUAGGGCAACUAAUACAGUGAGAUACAGUGAUUUCUCAAUUAAUGAAUCAUGUGAGCAGAAAGCUGCAUUACACAGGGCUAGUCCCAUGAAGACCUGCACCCGUGUACAAGCUGCCCUCAUGUAUAUGACAGAGCUGUCUGCACAUUAUAAAAAAUGGCUCUACAUGUAUAAUUUUUCAUUUUAAACUGCACUUUAAAUGUUAGUUGGAUAUAUUUAAUGAUAUGUACAGCCCCCAAUCAGCAAGUCAAUUGAGUGUUCCAAAUAGAUAUAUUUUUUACAAAGCCAAACCAUAUUUCCCCGAAAUUGUCAUUAAUAAAACGUUUUCUGUUUUAGUUUUAAUUAGCACAUAACAAUCACGCAAAUGUAAGGGACAUGCAUUGGGUCAUGAUCAGAUUGGGGUGGUCAGCACAACCAGCUGUAACAUUUUUCUCUGUGCAUGGCUGCCACCAUCAUUAACUCAUCUUAUAUUUAACCACUCCCAUGUGGAUGAGACCCUGCAUGGGUCUCUCCUAGCCAUCCAGUCUUGCCACUUCAGUAUAGCUCUCAGACUUGCACUGCCCCUGCCUCUACCUGGGACGUUGUCACCCACCUGGCAAACUCCCACUCUUCCUCCAAAGCUUACAUUAUUAUAGAUUAAGAAUCACCUCCUCCCAGAAGCCCACCCAGCGCUCUCCAGGCCAUUUGCCUCUGUGCUGACAUCACAGCUUGUUCCUAUUCCUCCAGCAGCACUCGCAGGGGUAUUCUGUAGCCGUUUGCUUAUGGAUCUGACUGCCUACUGUGCAAGACAAUGUUUCUGUUACUUGCAUCUUUAUCUCCCCAGCAUCCAACAGGACACCAGCAUACAGUACACACCAUAUAAGAAUAACUUCAGGGCCGGCACCGUGGCUCACUUGGUUAAUCUUCUGCCUGCGGCACCGGCAUUCCAUUUGGGCACCGGGUUCUAGUCCCGGUUGCUCCUCUUCCAGUCCAGCUCUCUGCUGUGGCCCAGGAGGGCAGGGGAGGAUGACCCAAGUCCUUGGGCCCUGCACCCGCAUGGGAGACCAGGAGGAAGCUCCUGGCUCCUGGCUCCAGGUGGGCAUAGCUCCGGCUGUGGCGGCCAUUUGGAGGGUGAACCAACUGAAGGAAGACCUUUCUCUCUGUCUUUCUGUCUGUCUGUCUCUCUCACUGUCUGUCAAAUAAAUAAAAAAUAGAAUAAGUUUAAUAACUGAAUGGUCCUAAUAUAAUUGUUGAAACAUACACCUGCUUUUUGUUUGUUUUUUUAAAGAAAGUCAUAGACCUUAUGAGGGGGCAGCUCACAUUUCCCCAGAGGUCACCCAUCACCACUCCCUCCCUCUUCAUUCCCUGGACUGUAGCUGCCAGCACAGCAGGCCCCAGUCUCUAUGAUCCCAACCUAUUUUCUCAUGGUAAAAUGUACAUUCUCAAGGGUCCUCAGUAGGUACUCUGGAGGACUCUGGAGGGCAGGGAAACAGCAGUAAUAGGGACCAGAAGGAUUUGAGGCUUCAAAAAAAAGACUCUCUCUCUUUCUCUUUUUCUCUCUCUCUCUCUUGCUCACACACACAGAGAGAGUGCAUGCGCACGAGAGAGAGAGAGAUGGAGAGAGAAGAGAGAAAGAUCUUAGACUUGCUGGUUCACUCAAAUUGCUGUAGUGGCUCUAGCCAGCCUGAGGCCAGGAGCCCAGAACCUCAUUCAGAUCUCUCUUGUGGUUGGCAGGGGCUCAAGCACUUGGGCCAUCUCUACUUCUUCCCAGGCUAUUAGCAGGAAGCCAGAUCAGAAGCAGAGCAGCUGGGACUCUGACCAGUGCUCCAUUAUGGGAAGCUGGUGGCUAAAUCCACUGCACCACAAAGCUGGCCCAAGGAUUUGAAUAUUUAAAUUGGGAUGAGAGCAAGCACAGAAAUGUAGGAGAAUUUAACCCAAAUCCCAUAUUGCACUUUAGGGAGAAAAAGGUAAGGGUGUGAUUUUGACAGAGAAGAAGGAAUAAUCUCAUAACAGUGAGUACCGCAGCCUCAGCUUCCAGUGUCUGGAGUCCUAUGCAGGGGGCACUGGGGAGGCCGUGUUGGGAUCAGUGCGCUGUCAUCAGAAUGGACAUGAGAAUGCCAGAACUCUGCAGGAUUGUCAGAAUGGGAGGAGCAAAGAGUUGUUCUAGCCUCCCUUCUCCAAGGAAGAGUAAUUUCGUUUCCACUAGUUUCUAAUUGCCUACAAUUCCCAUACUAUGAAAUACAUCUUUCUGGUCAUAAUGAGAAAUGAAGGCUCAAAUUGAAUUGCAGAUGCCUGGAAGAGGUAACAUUAUCCUUGAUAAAAUAUACUGCUGUUUUCAUUCAUUCCUUCAUUCCGUCAGCAUACCUGUGGGUCUUCAGAGAGCUAGACGAUGUGUACCAAUGAACCACAUACACCUUGUGUCUGUCGUAGUGCUUUUGUGGCCUUUGCCCAUUGGAGAGGAAAAGGAGUUUUUGAAACCUCUAGUGGGGUUGAGGAAGUUAGUUUUGUAGAAUGGGGAGAGAUGUCAUAAAGUGGAAGCUGGAGAUGCAAGAAGACAGCUUUUGUCAUUUUGCCUUGAUGUACUCUACUUAAUCAUCACCUCUGUGGGCAGAAAAGUUUUUUAAAAAAAAAAAUGUACCUCCUGUGGGAAAAAAUGGCAGAGGAAACUCCAUGCAGAUUGGUGGGACAAGGUGGGCCUUCAAUAGAACAACUAAAAAAUAUGGUGGAAAGACUUAGCAACAUAAAAAAAAAAAUAUUGUAAAAUGUACACUAGAGAAGCACUAGAUUACUUUCACUAGAUUACAAUUAGACUCACAUCUGACUUCUCAUCAGAAACACUACAGGCUAGGAGAGAAUGGCGAGAUAUAUUCCAAGUCUUUAGAGAAAAACACUGUUAACCCAGAAUACUGUACCCUGCAAAGCUGUCAUUAUGAAUGAAGGUGAAAUAAAGAUCUUCCAUAACAAAGAGAAAAUGAAAGAAUUUAUCACCACCUGUCCAGCCUUACAAAAGAUGGUUAAGGAGGUGCUACACACAAACACAGAAGCAUGGUCAUCACUAUGAAAGAAAGUGAAGGCAGAAAAUAUCCUAGUAAAAGUACAAAGGAAAUCCAAAGUAAACAAUAGGAAUAUUUAUGGAAAAAUGGCAGGGCCAAGUCGUUACUUAUCAAUAGUCACCUUGAAUUAAAUGGCCUCAACUCUCCAGUUAAAAGAUACAGACUGGCUGAGUGGAUUAAAAAAACAGAACCCAUCUAUUUGCUGCCUACAAGAAACACAUCUCACCAACAAAGAUACAUACAGAAUGAGAGUGAAAGGAUGAAAAAAGAUAUUCCAUGCUAACAGGAAACAAAAAAGAGCUGUUGUAGCCAUUCUAGUAUCAGACAAAGUAGACUUUAACACAAAAACUGCUAACAGAGACAAAGAAGGGCACUAUGUAAUGAUUAAAGGGAUCAAUUCAGCAGGAAAAUGUGACUACUAUAAAUGUAUAUGCACCUAAUUACAAGGCACAUGGCUAUUUAAAAGAAAAGUUAAUGGAUCUACAGGGAGACAUAGACUCCAAUACGAUAGUAAUGGGGGGCUUCAGUACCUCAAUUUCAGCAAUGGACAGAUUGACCAGACAGAAAAUCAGCAAGGAAACAAUGGAGUUGAUUGACACUAUAUACCAAAUGAAUUUAAUGGAUAUCUGCAGAAUUUUUAUCUUGCAGAUGCAGAAUACGCAUUCUUCUCACAAGUGAAUGCAACUUUCUCUAGGAUAGACCACACACUAAGCUAUAAAGCAAGUUUCAGCAAAUUCAAAAACAUAAAAAUCAUACCAUGCAUCUUCUCUGACCACAACAGAAUGAAGCUGGAAAUCAACAACUUAGGAAUCUCUAGAACAUAUGCAAACACAUGGAGACUGAACAACCUGCUCCUGAAUGAACAGCAGGUCAUUGAAGGAAUCAAAAAAGAAAUCAAAAAAUUUCUGGAAACGAAUGAAGACAGCAAUACAACAUAUCAAAAUGUAUAGGAUACAGCAAAAGCAGUGUUAAGAGGAAAGGUUGGGGGCUGGUGCUGUGGUGCAGCAGGUAAAGCCACCACCUGGAGUGCCGACAUUCCAUAUGGGUGCCAGUUCACGUCCCAGCUGCUCCACUUCCUCCCAGCUUUCUGCUAUGGCUUGGGAAAGCAGUAGAAGAUGACCCAAGUCCCUGGGCCCCUGCACUCGUGUGGGAGACCCGGAAGAGGCUCCUGACUCCUGAUAGGCACAGCUCCGGCUGUUGCGGCCACCUGGGGAGUGAACCAGCAGAUGGAAGACCUCUCUGUCUCCCUCUCUGCCUCUUCUUCUCUGUGUGUAACUCUGACUUUCAAAUAAAUAAAAAAAAAUUUAAAAAAAAAAAGAGGAAAGUUUGUAGCAAUUGGUGCCUACAUCAAGAAAUUGAAAGACAUCAAGUAAAUGAGCUAUCGGUGCAUCUCAAGGACCUAGUAAACCAAACCUAAAACUAGUAGGAAAAAAGAAAUAAUUAAAUUUAGAGAAGAAAUAAGCAAAAUUGAAACAAAAAAAUACAAAAUAUCAGCGAAACAAAAAGCUGUUUUUCUGCUGGCGCCGUGGCUCAAUAGGCUAAUCCUCCGCCUGCAGCACUGGCACACUGCGUUCUAGUUCCGGUUGGGGCACUGGAUUCUGUCCCAGUUGCCCCUCUUCCAGGCCAGCUCUCUGCUGUGGCCAGGGAGUGCAGUGGAGGAUGGCCCAAGUGCUUGGGCCCUGCACCCUAUGGGAGACCAGGAGAAGCACCUGGUUCCUGCCUUCGGAUCAGUGCGGUGCACUGCAGAUCAGCUGCAGCGCGCAGGCCACAGCGGCCAUUGGAGGGUGAAUCAACAGCAAAGGAAGACCUUUCUUUCUGUGUCUCUCACUGUCCACUCUGCCUGUCAAAAAAAAACCCUUUUUUUGAAAAAAUAAACAAAAUUGAUACUCCACUGUCUCAACUAACUGAAAAAAAAAGAGGGAGAAGACCCAAAUCAAUAAAAUUAGAAAUGAAAAAGGAAAUGUAACAACAGACACUACAGAAAUAAAAAUAAUCAUCAGAAAUUACUACAAAGAGCUGUAUUAUGUUUUCCAACAAACUGGGAAAUCUAGAAUAAAUGGAUAGAUUUCUAGACUCAUACAGCCUACCUAUAUUGAGCCAUAAAGACAUAGAAAACCAAAACAGAUCCAUAACCAAGAUGGAAAUUGAAUCAGUAAUAGAGGCUCUCCCAACAAAGAAAAACCCAGGACUGGAUAGCUUCACUGCUGAAUUCUACCAGACAUUUAAGGAAGAACUAAUUCCAAUUCUUCCCAGGCUAUUUAAAAUAACUGAACAGGAGGGAAUCCUCACAAGCUCCUUCUAUGAAGCCUGCAUCAUCAUAGUUCCUAAACCAGAAAAAAAUACAACAGAGAAAGAGAAUUAUAGGUCAAUAUCCCUAGUGAACAUAGAUGCAAAAAUCCUCAACAAAAUAUUAGAUAAUUGAAUCCAGUAACACAUCAGAAAGACCAUUCACCAGGACCAAUUGGGAUUUAUCCCUGCUAUGGAGGGGAUGGUUCAAUGUUCAUAAAUCAAUAAAUGUGAUGCAUCACAUUAACAAACUGGAGAACAAAAACUAUAUGAUUAUCUCAGUAGAUGCACAAAAACCAACUGAUAAAAUACGCCAUUUCAUGAUGAAAACCUUAAGCAAAUUGAAUAUAAAAGGAACAUUUCUCAACACAAUCAAGGUAUCUUGUGACAAACCCAAGGCCAACAUACUGUUGAAUGGGGAAAAGCUGGAAGCAUUCAUCCUAAGAUCUAGAACCAGACAAGGAAGUCCAUUCUCACCAUUGCUUUUUAAUACGGUCCUGGAAAUUUUAGCCAGAGCCAUUAGGCAAGAAAAAGAAAUCAAAGGGAUACAAAUUAGGGAGGAGGAAGUCAAAAUCUCCCUAUUUGCAGAUAAUAUGAUUUUAUAUAAAGGGGAUCCAAAAGACUCCACUGAGAGACUAUUGGAACUCAUGGAAGAGUUUGGUAAAGUGACAGGAUAUGAAGUCAACACAUAAAACCAACAAUAACCUUUGUAUGCACAGGCAGUGCCACAUCUGGGAAAGAACUUCUAAGAUCAAUCCCAUUCACAAUAGCUACAAAAAAAUCAAAUACCUUGGAAUAAAUUUAACCAAGGAUGUCAAAGAUCUCUACAAUGAGAAUUACAAAGUAUUAAAGAAAAAGACACAGAAAAUGGAAAAAUCAUCCAUGUUCAUGGAUUAGAAGAAUCAAUAUCAUCAAAAUGUUAUACUACCAAAAGCAAUUUACAGAUUCAAUGCAAUCCCAAUCAAAAUAUCAAGGACACUGUUCUCAGAUAUAGAAAAAAAUGAUGCUGAAAUUCAUAUGGAGGCACAGGAGACCUUGAAUUUCUAAAGCAAUCUUAGAUGAUAAAAAUAAAACCAGAGGCAUCACAAUACCAGAUUUCAAGACAUACUACAGGGCAGUUAUAAUCAAAACAGCCUGGUAUUUAUACAAAAACAGAUAAACCAAUGGAAAAGAAUAGAAAUAUCAGAAAUCAACCCAUGUAUCUACAACCAACUUACCUUUGACAAAGGGGCUAAAAUCAAUCCCUGGACCACCAAGGACAGUCACUUCAACAAGUGGUGCUGGAAAACUGGAUUUCCACACAUAGAAGUAUGAAGCAACACCCCUCCUUAAUCCUUACACAAAAAUCCACUCAAAAUGGAUUAAAGUCCUUUUUCUAUGACCCUAUAUUAUCAGAUUAUUAAAGAAAAUUGGAGAAACCCUGCAAGACAUUGGCAAGGCAAAGAGUCCUUAGAAAAGACCCCAGAGACACAGGUGAUCAAGCCAAAAUUGACAAAUGAGAUCACAUCACAUUGAGAAGCUUCUGUACUGCAGAAGAAACACUCAAGGCAGUGAAGAAACAGCCCUCAGUGUAGGACAUUUAUUUCUAAACUAUUCAACUGAUAAAGGACUAAUAACCAGAAUCUACAAAGAGAUCAAGAAACUCAACAACAAAACAAACAACCCAGUUAAGAAAUGGGCAAAGGACUUAAAUAGGCAUUUUUCUACAGAGGAAAUUCAAAUGGCCAACACACACACGAAAAAGUUAUCAAAUCACUAGCCAUCAGGGAAAUACAAAUCAAAACCACAAUGAUGUUUCACCUCACUCCAGUUAGAAUGGCUUUCAUACAGAAAUCAACAAACAAUAAAUACUGGCAAGCAUGUGGGAGAAGAGUUACCCAAAUCCACUGUUGAUGGGAAUGUAAACUGAUUAAGCCAUUAUGAAAGACAGUAUGGAGAUACUUCAGAAAUCUGAAUAUAGACUUACCAUAUGACCCAUCCAUUCCACUCCUGGGAAUUUACCCAAGGGAAAUAAAAUCAGCGUAUGAAAGUGUUAUCUGUACCCUAUGUUUAUUGCAGCUCAAGUCAUAAUAGCUAAGAUGAAAUCAACCCAAAUGCCCAUUAACUGAAGACUGGAUAAAGAAAUUAUGGUAUAUGUACACCAUAGAAUAUUACACAGCGAUAAAAAUGAAAUCCUGUCAUUUACAACAAAAUCGAUGAAACUGGAAAAUAAUAAUCUUAGUGAAAUAAGCCAGUCCAAAAAGGACAAAUACCAUAUGUUCUCCCUGAGCUGUGUUAACUAAUAGUGCACCUAAAGGACAAUCUAUGGAAGUAAAAUUAACACUUCAAAAUGCAAUGACAUUGAACAGCUGUUGUCUCUUGAGCAGUAGUUUUUUUUCAUACAGUUAGUUGAACUCUUUACUUAGUAUAAUCGUAUGUGUAUAAAGUUAACUGAAAAUAGAUCUUAGUUUAAAAAUAAGAAUGGGAAUAGGAGAGGGAGGAGGAAGAGGGGUAGGAGUAUGGGUGGCAGGGCAGGUACAGUGGGAAGGAUCACUAUAUUCCUAAAGUUGUAUUUAUGAAAACCAUGAAGUUUGUAUUCCUUAAAUAAAAGGUUGGGGAGCGGGGGAAGUACCCCUUCCUCUUAGCCACCAGAUACUUGCAGAUCUUCUGCUUGUUAAUUCAUUCUGUGUCUACAGCUGCCAGAUUCCAUGUUAGGUGCUAAGAAUCGAGAUGACAAAUGGGACUACUAUAGGAAGUUCUAGUCUAGCUCCCUUGUAAGUGGGGUGACUUGUCAAUUUAUCAUACAAAUGAGGGAGUCCAGAAAGAAAAGGCAUCCCACCCCCAGAGAGCUGGAAACACCUUCUGGGUCAUCUGCUUCAGGGAGAUGCGUUUCAUAGUAAUUGCCCCGUUGCAGGCAAUUCUGAUGUUUCUUAGGCCAGCUCCUGUCUGCUGGUGUUUUGGGUAGUCGUCGAUAUAACUACAGCUCCCAGCAUGGGUGGAAAAUGUGGACAGAUGGUUACAUGGACUACAUGCCUUUCUGGAGAUACGGCUUUAGUACUUAACUUUUUAUUAGACGUGCUCUUUAAAAGCUGAUUGGUGUCAAAAGGGUUUAGUGCAAAAUCAAAAAGGAAUAUACUAGUCAAGAAGUUAAUAGUUUUACCACACAACAAACACCGGGACAACUACAAUAGGAAUGUUCCUCUGUGUCCCAUGGGGUGAAGAGUUAAAAUUGUAUAUGUGCGGGUGUAAAAAGUUAAGCUUAAGCUUACAGGUUGGAAGCUUCCUGGUGCAGCUGUGAAAAUAAAACAGUGAAGUAGCACCUUGACAAUAGGGACUCCAUUUUGGAGCACUUGAGACUGCAUUCUGGGAAAGCAACCCCCCCACCGUGAGACUCUGGUCCGAAACUAUGAUCUCAAAUAGUCGGACAAUAGCAGUGCACUACAUCACCCUUGGCAACACACAAAAACCCCCUAGCAUGAUUGCUCAAGCUUAAAAGUAGAAAGGUUACACCUGGGUUACCUGGGCUAAUAAUGAAGAUGUGAUUUGUCUAUGUCUUAAGAUCAUAAUUGCUGAUUGUAAGACUUUAGCAACUGCUUAACAACCGUGUAUUCUCUUCCCCCCUUCCCGGUUUUGCGGUUUUUGCCUUUAUAAACCCGAACCUUUGGUUAUUCGGGGCUGCUCUGUUCAUGUAUGAUCAGACAGCCCCAGCAUGCUGGAUAAUCAAUAAAGCUUCCCCUUGCUGUUUGCAUAA